AUGACUAGCCCCCACACCGAGAAAUCCACUACCACACAAGAAGAACAUCACCUCCUGCAUCGCUCCCUCACCGAGAAGCUAUACAUGGUAGAAAGAGCCCACGGGGUCAACCUCCACCUCUCCAAUGACCAAACUGUCCUAGACGCCUGCGCCGGAGCAGCCGUUGCCAUAAUCGGCCACGGGAACGAGGAAGUCAGCUACGUACACAUGCAGUCCUACACGACCGCUGCGGCAGAGCAGCUGGCAAAUUCCAUCCUCGAGGGGAGCCCAUACGGCCUUGAAAAGGCGUUCUUUUUCGGAAGCGGCAGCGAAGCCGUCGAGUCGGCGUUGAAGCUCGCUCGCCAGUAUUUAUUGAAAAGGGCGAGCCGCAAGGAAUGCAUUUUGUUGCCAGACGGGCAAAGUUAUCAUGGAAAUACCCUAGCUGCGAUGUCGCUCUCGGGUAAUAUGGCGAGGAAGGUGCCGUAUGAGGGGUUCGCGUAUCCACAUGUCUCGCAUGUUUCUCCUGCGUAUGCGUAUCGGUAUAAGAAGGGUACUGAAUCGGAGGAUGAUCCGGAAAAGGUCAUUGCUUUCGUCGCUGAGCCUGUUGUUGGUGCUACCUCGGGAUGCGUAACGGCGCCACGGGGAUACUUUGCGCGAGUCCGUGAGCUUUGCGAUAAGUACGGAAUCCUGUUGAUCUUCGACGAGAUCAUGUGCGGGGUCGGUCGCACAGGAUCUUAUUUUGCCUUCGAACAAGAAGACGCCGUCCCUGAUAUUGUGACUCUCGCCAAAGGUCUGGGUGGCGGGUACGCCGCUAUAUCCGGCGUCAUGGUCCACGAAAAGGUCAUCGACGUUCUUCGACAGGGCAGUAACGCGUAUAACCAUGGGCACACGUAUCAGGCACAUCCGAUCUCCUGUGCUGCAGCGUUGGCAGUCCAGAAGAUCGUUCGCAGGGAAGGUCUGGUGUCGCGAUGUGCGGCGAUGGGUCGCGUUCUGGAAGAGUUGCUCCAUAUCCGUGGUCUGGGUUUAUUCUGGGCUGUGGAGUUUGUACGUGACAAGGCAUCAAAGGAGACAUUUGAUCCGGCUGUGAGAUUCGGUCUUCGCGUUCAACAAGCUGCGUUCGAGAAGGGAGUAGCUGUCUAUCCCGGUGCAGGCUCGGCGGAUGGCAUCCGAGGUGACCAUGUUUUGUUGGCGCCACCCUUCACUAUCACCGAGGACGAGCUGGAGACUGUUUGUCGGUUGUUGUGAGAGGCUGUCGAGUCGCUGGAAAGCGAGGUUUAUCAAUAACCUCGCUCGAGCGAUGCCUAUCGUGUCCGAGGUCAUGAU